CUAAAACCCUAGUAAUAAAAACGCAAAACCCCUUUCUCUUCUAACCAGCCAGCGACAGUUGGGGGUGGGGGUUUAAGUUUAUCCCAAUCAUCAGACGCACUAACGUCAAUCAGCUGCCCGCUGGCUGGAGUAGGUUGAAUCCAGACGCAGUAGCUCAGAGAGAAGAAUGGUGGUUUCCGGCUUAGGAUUUGCCUGUGGACCUCGCAUGCCUCUCCGGCCACCUAUGUUCUACUGCGUUCGCAAAGCUAGAUAUGGUGCUGUUGCGGCAAUUGAGAUGCUGAAUGAACCCGAGGCCUCCGUCAAACGCAACAGUUACAGUUCGGGAGGCUCUGCUGCCUCAGGGAGCGAAGUGAACGGAGGGAAAAAGACCCCAGCUUUUAAGAAGCUGAAUUCCGAGGACCUUGGAAUUAGCACUUCUAUGAUAGCAAAACCUACAAGGAGAGUUCUCAAUGCCCUCAAGAAAAAAGGGUAUGAGGUUUAUCUUGUUGGUGGGUGUGUUCGCGAUCUUAUCCUGAAGCGAACCCCAAAGGAUUUUGACGUAAUAACAUCAGCACAGCUUAAAGAGGUGGUAAGAGCCUUUUCAUGUUGCCAAAUAGUUGGCAAAAGGUUCCCCAUUUGUCAUGUACACAUUGAUGACACUAUCAUUGAGGUGUCAAGUUUUAGUACAACAGGAAGGACAGUUCAUGGCGUUUGGAACUCUAAAUUUUUGAACCCUGUUGACUGUGAGGAGAAGGAUUUUGUUCGUUGGGGAAAUUGCAUGCGGCGUGACUUCACAAUUAAUGGGUUGAUGUUUGAUCCAUACGCAAGAAUUGUGUACGACUACUUGGGAGGUCUGGAAGAUAUUAGAAAGGCUAAAGUGCGCACUGUGAUUCCUGCUAGUGCUUCUUUUCAGGAAGACUGUGCUCGCAUUCUACGUGCAGUUAGGAUUGCUGCUCGCCUAGAAUUUCGAUUCUCUAAGGAUACAGCUCGCUAUGUAAAGAAUUUGUCUGGCUCAGUUUCAAGACUUGAUAAGACAAGGAUUAUGAUGGAAAUGAAUUACAUGCUAGCAUAUGGUUCGGCAGAAGCUUCUUUGCGCCUUUUAUGGAAAUUCGGGCUUCUUGAGAUACUCCUGCCUAUUCAGGCAUCAUACUUUGUUCAAAAUGGUUUUAGGAGACGUGAUACCAGAUCAAAUAUGCUGUUGUCAUUGUUUUCUCGCUUGGAUAAACUUGUUGCACCAGACAAACCAUGCCAUAGCAGCUUAUGGGUUGGAAUGUUGGCUUUUCAUAAAGCACUGUCUGACAACCCAAGGGAUCCCAUGGUAGUUGCCACCUUUUGCCUUGCCGUUCACAAUGGGGGAGAUACAUCAGAAGCAGUGAAGAUAGCAAAGAGGAUUACCAAGCCACAUGAUAAAAGCUACCAUGAAUUGUUAGAACCCCAGCUUCUAGAUUCACGUGCACUUGUCAAUGAGGUUAUGAAUCUUUCAGCAUCUGUUAAGCAGGAGUUAUCUCGAAUGACUGAUGAGUACUAUGUCUCCAAGGCCAUGGCUAAGUACCCUAAAGCUCCUUAUUCAGAUAUGGUGUUCAUCCCACUGGCCUUGUAUUUGAGAGUGCGGAGGAUCUUUGAGUGUGUCGGAGAAGGGAAGGAAAGGGGAUUCGUGGCCAAGCAAGGUAGAAAGAUAAAUCAUGAGUUGCUGAGCAUAGGGAGCUUGCAUGAAGUUCGGCAUACAUUCGCAAGAGUGGUCUUUGAUACUGUCUAUCCACUCAACCAAAAAUAUUAACUCAAUAGCCAUUCACAAGAGCGAUCUUCGAUUUAUUAAUUGUUAUAAUCCUGCUUCUGUUUAUUUAUAUUUUUGAAGAAUUUGUGUCGUGUACAUAUGUUCG